UUCCUAGUUGCCAGCUGCCAUGGCAACGUGAUCGAGCCUGUGCAGAGCUCUGUGCGCAGCUGUGCGCUCCUAAGAGCACGAAAAAGGUCCUAGGUGAACUCAUAAAGCAGGGACGUUGCUUCAUGGCUAAAGGAUAGUUUGCAAAGACGGGGUUUGUUUGCUGUGCAGCGGCGCCGGUGCAAUGCAGUACUUGGUGUACACCGAUUCCAACAAGUGCCAGAAGAAAAGCAAAGAAGAAGACAUUGUAGAGAAUCUCUGCUUCAUAUUGCCGCAAUCCAAGUCACCUACAGCUCGAUUGCCAACCUACCGUAUCUUCUUCAGAAGUAUAAUCUAGAGGGUCUCUAAUACAUCAUGAUCUAGCCCCUGAGCGUGUAGUAGACCUCAGUCGCUUGCACAGUAGCAGCGCCGAUAGCCUCCUCUGCACAGCCGCCAGUUAUUCAGCGUCAUCAAAAGGAAGUUUUUGGACUGCCAUUGAGUAGGAUAAGAAAGGGACAGAAGUGAGGGAGCACUGGCAUGACGGACCCUGGGGCGAUGGAAGCGGACGGCCCUCGGACUUCUGAUGCCACUGCGGCAGUGGAGCCCCCUCGUGGAGAACUACUCAACCAAGGAGCUGAAGCGAGGGUCUUUGUCAGUACUUACUUGGGCCGGCCGGCCGUGAUCAAGCAACGCUUCUCGAAGAAGUACCGCCAUCCUACGCUCGAUGCCAAGCUCACCAGCCGUCGCCUCACUGGGGAGGCGCGAAGUCUGGCGAAAGCGCGCAAGCUCGGCGUGCUGACGCCGACGUUAUACGCAGUCGACCCGGCCGCCAGCACGCUUACUUUGGAACGGGUAGAAGGGCGCUCCCUGAAGGAUCUUCUUCUUGCUGAAACCCUCACGCAUGAAGACCCAGAGAUUCAGCGCCUGGCGGAGAGCAUCGGGGCCUGCGUGGCGCGUCUGCACGACGGAGGUCUCGUUCACGGCGACCUAACGACGUCUAAUAUCCUAGUUCGGCCAGACGGACAAGUGGUGUUGAUCGACUUCGGGCUGGCGGCCAAUUCGACUCUCACGGAAGACAAGGGCGUAGACCUCUACGUGCUCGAACGGGCGUUCCUGAGCGCUCACUCUCGUUCCGGGGACGUGUUCUCUCUCGUCUUGGCCUCCUACAAGAAGUCCUCCAAGUUUUGGAGCUCAGUCCUCAAUCGCUUUGCAGAAGUGCGGGCCCGUGGCAGAAAGCGUGCGAUGGUCGGGUGACUACAAGGAGGGCAUUGUUAUCCGAUGCAGUGGAGUGCUUGUGACAAACUCGACAGGGUGCUAGAGCGUACCGACAAAAUGCAAACGUGUGUACGGCGUAUCCAACAUAGAGAUCACUGCCAUCGCUUGCACGCAGUAUGUCUGCGUUAGUAUAGCUCUGGACCAUUCUUACUCAAAACACGCACAAUGUGCAUUGCAAGAGACUAAUGGCAUUCAGUAGAACUCAAGACUCGGCAUUCCAGUUCACUCCUCAUCCAUGG